AUGUUACUUGUGCGGGUCGUCACUGCAUACGCAGUCCAAGGAUCAUUGCGAAGUAGCAUAAAUCACAGCCACCCAGACCCCGCAUCCAAUCAGACCGUUGUUCCAGCCGGUCCAAGCUUUGUAGGUCCUCAAAGUAUCACCUCAUCGAGCCCUGACGACAUGAGCACGCAAAGCCUCUCCGGCAUCGGCACCAUCACGACCCCAGCCCCUUUUCUCGCCCUCAGCAUGUGUCCUGAAACCAGUGCUCAGAGGUGUGCAGCACAAGAAUCCUUUCCGUCGACCAGAUCCGAGGUAUCGACCAUCGUCGGCGUUCUUCUGAGGAUGACAAAAGUGUCGCAAGGUAAAGGGCUGCGAGAGUUCAUGACUUAUUUCGCGAGCGCUGACCUUUUCAAGUUGCCCGGGAAUCAUCUUCAAAGCAGUACGAGACGCAACCCGAACCCAAUCGGACGCGUCAUGUAUGGCCUCUAG